AUGCCCAACCUGCUGAAAGACCUCAUCUCGAUGGUCGCGCCCCAAGCCAAGCGCCCCCUGCAGGCGCCCUCGACCACCACUCGCCUCUCGCCCGCCAAGCAGAACGCGGCUUCGAGUCCGUUCGUCGAUCUCGCCACUCGGAGAGAAGACGUCAAUGGGGAGGCGACGUUCAAGCAGCAACAAGCACAAGCCAAGCUGGACGCGUUCGUCUUUGUCAAUAUGUUGCGGUAG